UCCUUUGCUUGGAAGGAACCACCAGAAAUAGUUGUAGGUGCUAAUUGCCCACUAUUCUUACUAAUGUGAAUUUGUGAAUUUGGACCUUUGAAUAUCUACUUGCUUGAACCCAAGCGUGGGGAGCUCAAGAUGGAGGGACCGUGCAGCACUUCGCUUCGGGCUGCAUCAGCCGGAGCUUUUCUAAACGCCUGAAUGGUUCUUUCUCGAAUCGCUUACACGGAGAAGAGGGGUUCAGGCUGCAAAAGCUUUCAGCGUCUCACGUAUUGCGACGAUGGCACUGCUGAAAGUCAAAUUCAACCAGAAGAAACGGGUAAAACUAGCCCAGGGGCUAUGGCUCAUGAACUGGUUUUCAGUCUUUGCUGGAAUCAUCGUUUUUAGCAUGGGGUUGUUCCUCAAGAUUGAGCUCCGGAAGCGAAGCGAAGUGAUGGACAAUUCUGAAAGCCAUUUUGUGCCCAAUUCUUUGAUACUGAUGGGUAUAUUAUCCUGCGCCUUCAAUGGUUUUGCUGGCAAAAUUUGUUACGAUUCUCUGGAUCCCGCUAAAUUUGCCAAGUGGAAGCCUUUGCUGAAACCUUACCUGGCACUAUGUUUCUUCUUCAACAUACUCCUCUUCUUUGUCGCUCUGAUUUGCUUUCUCAUGCGGGGCUCCCUGGAGAGCACGCUGGCUCAGGGGCUGAAGAACAGCAUGAAGUUCUACCGGGACACAGACACCCCUGGAAGGUGCUUCAUGAAGAAGACAAUCGACAUGCUCCAAAUCGAGUUCAAGUGCUGUGGGAACAAUGGCUUCAAAGACUGGUUUGAAAUUCAGUGGAUCAGCAACAGAUACCUGGACUUCAGCUCCAAAGAAGUGAAAGAUCGAAUCAAAAGCAACGUUGAUGGACGGUACCUGGUUGAUGGUGUCCCCUUCAGCUGCUGCAACCCCAGCUCCCCGAGGCCCUGCAUCCAGUACCAGGUCACCAACAACUCGGCUCACUACAGCUACGACUACCAGACGGAGGAGCUCAACCUCUGGGGCCGUGGCUGCCGGGAAGCCCUCCUGCACUACUACAGCAGCAUGAUGAGCUCCAUGGGUGCCGUUGUCCUCCUUGUCUGGCUUUUUGAGAUGUCUGUGAUGGUUGGCUUGCGUCUUUUGCACACCUCUCUGGAAAGCAUCGCAAAUCCUGAAGACCCUGAGUGUGAAAGUGAAGGGUGGAUUCUAGAGAACAGCCUGAAAGACACUCUGAAGUCUGCGCUGGAGAGCUUGAAAAAGAUUGGUAAGUUCAAUCAGGUGGAAGCAGGUGCCGAAGGGGCUGAAGGAGAAGAAGCUGGGAAGACUCCAGCCAUCACAACAGUCAGUUGAGCUUCUAAAUGAUGCGAACUCUGAUCAGAGGAAUGAAAAAACUGAGGAUUGUGAAUACCUACUUUUUAAAAGCUACGUAUCAACCAUCAGAAUACACGUUUCUACACACGCUAUCUUUUUUAUUAUUAUUAUACAUGCAUACGGAAGGAUACAGCAUAGCGCACCUUGGGAUAAUGCAUUUAUCCUCUCAGUGAGUACACCAGAUUCAUAACUUCUGGGGGAAAAUGACCCCACUAGGACUUUCAAUACUUACGUGUUCCCUUACCAGGGACUGCUAGCAUUAAAAAGAAAUCAUCAUAAUUGUUGGCAUCACACUGAUCCGUUCCAUCUUAUCUUGAAAUUAAAAGUGGAAUUUGAAAUGUUAGUAUUUUUUCUCAAGUUGGCUUGCCAUCAUACUUGAUGUACGUUAACCUACAAAGACAAAUGUCUUGGUUUUCUGGAGAGUAACGUGUUAAAAGUCAAAGGAAGAAUAAUUUCCAGAAGUGUAUAUAAUAACCUAGUGUUUCGACAAACCUCUCAUAUAAUGUGUUUUUUUUUUUUUGUUGAUGUGCUAAGCAGUGGUAUUUCCUGCUGUAUUCUUAAGAUGUACUUAAUAGAACAAAAAAAAAAGUUAUUCUGAGAACUUCAGUACUAAACAAAAAUUGUAACUUAAGAACAGAGCAAGCAUGAAAACAACACCAAGGUAAGAUUUAUGGGUUUUGUUCUUGGG